AUGCAACCUCCAGUCAGAACGGGCCUCUCCCAGGAGCUCGUGUCAGACAUAGUAGAAUGCACCUGGUUUACGAACAGCCCCUGGUUUACAAUCCAAGCGAACGAGCCGUCUCUGUGCGUGAACACACUCGGCCCAGGUUUGCUUUUCCCUGCGUACCCGGACUCCAAGUUCAGGGCUAUGAUACAGACAAUCCGGCCGUUUCUCCUACGAGGUCCCGCCGAAGACGAAGAACUGCUAAGCUGGGUGCCCCUAGUCAGAGCCAGGCUUACCAUCUCGGUAGCAGACAAGAUCAUCAUGAUCCACCGGCCGGUGCUAUGUCGCUCCUUGUACAUCCCCGAAUUUCAACGGGCGCGCACCACGUGCAUCUCCGCCGCGCUGACCAUCCUGCAACAGGACGAAAAGAUCACAGAGCGUGAGGGAACUAUCUCCCUUUGGACGCAUUCCGCUGUCUGCGUGACGGCAGCAGUGGUCAUCGGCCUCGAUUUAUUGCUCUGCAUCCGAAAGUGUGAUAUUAUAGCCGGGUGUGGGGCGGCCCUGAUUGACGCGAUUCUCGGCAUGGAGGAGGGGAUUGUCGUCAAGUUGAUGCGGGCGGACCUCCGAGACGUCUUCGCGGGAAGGAUGCAGCGCAACAUCAUCAGCGACGUGAUUGCGAGCAACGAGAUCACAGCCAGAUUCUUGGCUGUGGAUCCGGGAGACCCGAGCGGCAUGUUGAUUGCCUCCCCGCCCGGCGAUUUCGAUCCAUCUCUGCAGACAGUGUGCGAUAGCGGCACACCGAGCGAAGGCCUCCUGAACGGCACAGCAGUUGUUGAGGAUGUAGCCGCCGAACUAUGCUGCAUCGUCGAUGUUUAUGCUGAACCGGACACCUUCAUCUAG